UCUUCUACUGUCUGUCACUCUUCUUCUUCUUCUAGUUCUUUAGCCAUGGCCCAAUGGUGGUGUUCAAGCAGCCCACACAUGGCCCCUGCACUCGCCAUAACCAUCACUCUUCUUUCUCUCUCCUCCAUUUGCCUCUUCUCCCCUGCCGCCGCCUGGAGGCCAUGGCCCAAUAUCAAACCCAACUCCACCGAUCUCAUCUUCGCCGGUUCCAAAAAAUACGAGGGCUCGUCGGAGUUCGUCCACCUCAGAUACCACAUGGGUCCUGUCUUAACCGCAAAUAUAACCCUCCAUAUUAUCUGGUACGGGACAUGGAAGAAUUCCCAGAAACGGAUCAUCAGAGAUUUCGUCAACUCAAUCUCCUCCACCGAUUCUAAACCGCCGUCCGUCUCCGGCUGGUGGAAAACCGUUCAACUCUAUACAGACCAAACCGGAGCCAACAUCUCCCGGACCGUCCGGCUCGGCGAGGAGAAGAACGAUAGGUUUUACUCUCACGGCAAGACCCUCACGCGCCUCUCUAUACAGUCGGUGAUUAAAAGCGCCGUAACGGCAUCCACACGGCCGUUACCGGUGAACCCGAAGAGCGGGGUAUACCUUCUACUAACGGCUGACGACGUCUACGUGCAGGAUUUCUGUCAGUCUGUAUGUGGGUUUCACUAUUUCACGUUUCCGUCAAUCGUGGGAUUCACGCUCCCGUACGCGUGGGUGGGGAAUUCUGGGAAGUUAUGUCCGGGUCAAUGUGCAUACCCGUUUGCGGUACCGAACUAUAUACCCGGGUUAAAAGCAGUGAAAUCGCCGAAUGGAGACGUUGGGAUUGACGGGAUGAUAAGUGUUAUCGGGCAUGAAAUAGCGGAGCUGUCGACUAACCCGUUGAUAAACGCCUGGUAUGCGGGUCAAGAUCCGGUGUUUCCAGUUGAGAUUGCGGAUCUUUGCGAGGGGAUAUAUGGGACGGGUGGAGGUGGGUCGUACACGGGUCAGAUGAUGAAUGGAGGCGAUGGAGCCACGUAUAACAUGAAUGGGAUCAGACGGCGAUUCUUGGUUCAGUGGCUGUGGAACCAUGUAUUGAAUUACUGUACUGGACCAAAUGCACUUGAUCAGUAGAAGAAGAAGAAGAAACAGAGAAUCAUCAAUCAAUAAUCGUCUUUUGUUUUGUUCAAGAAUAUUUCUCUCUCACAUCCUUUUCCGUUUUCUCUCUCUCUCUAUCUCUAAUGGGUCGGUUCAAAUUUUCAAUUUUAGUUGAAAAAGCUUAGUUAGUUAGUCAACAGUUUGUUGUGUCAAUAAAAAUAUAAUUUUUAUAUC